UAAAGAAUCAGGCGCCAAUAUAACUUAUACAGAAUACAUAACCCACUGUUUAUGCUUAAUUAAAUUAUUAUCAUAAGAAAGAUAAAACUAAUGGAAAGUUGUGGGAAGGAGGUCGUGUUCCAACAGAUCAUCACCUAUAUAUACAUUGUCCUUAUUCAACGAAUUGAAAAUCUCAAAAUUACUUGACCAAGUUGGUAUAUAUACUAUAUAUAUUAGAGGUAUAUAUCUGUAUGGGGAAUAUUUGUGAUUGCUUGAACGAAAAAACUACGGCAAUGGAUAACAAGGAAGAAGAAAUCAACAAUGAAGUUAAUGGGAUAGCCAAGAAAUGGAAGCAGCUCAGCGGCAACAACAACUGGAAAGGAUUGUUGGAUCCAUUGGAUUACGAUCUCCGUCGACACAUAAUCCACUACGGCCAAAUGGCGCAGGCAACUUACGACACAUUCAAUUCCGACAAAGCAUCCAAGUAUGCCGGAAGCAGCAUCUUCGCAAAGAAAGAUCUAUUCGCCAAAGUCGGGAUCGACGUCGGCAACCCUUUCAAGUACAGCGUGACGAGGUACUUCUACGCGACGUCGUCGAUCCCGCUUCCCGACGCGUUCAUCUUGAAGUCGCUGUCGAGGGAAGCGUGGAGCAAAGAAUCGAAUUGGAUGGGGUACGUUGCGGUGGCGACGGAUGAAGGGAAACUUGCGUUGGGGAGAAGGGAUAUUGUGGUUGCUUGGAGGGGCACCAUUCGGACUUUGGAAUGGGUUAAUGAUCUUCAGUUUUUGUUGGUUUCGGCUCCUAAGAUUUUCGGGCAUAAUCUUGCCCCCAAAGUUCAUCAGGGCUGGUACUCCAUCUAUACAUCCGAUGAUUCUAGAUCACCCUUUAACAAGACCAGCGCUAGAGACCAGGUUCUAAGUGAAAUAAGGAGACUGGUUGAACUAUACAAGAACGAGGAGAUCAGUAUAACCGUGACAGGCCACAGCUUGGGCGCCGCCGUGGCUACACUAAACGCCGUCGACAUAGUCACAAACGGUUACAAUAAACCUGAAUCGAACCCACUGAAAAGUUUUCCGGUCACGGCCAUUGUUUUCGCCUCCCCUCGAGUCGGGGAUCCGGUCUUUCACCACACCGCAUCUCGCCAUCCAGAACUUCGAGUCCUGCGAAUCCGUAACGCCCUUGAUAUCGUCCCAAACUACCCUUUAAAAGGGUUGUAUGAUGAUGUUGGUGUGGAAUUAGGAAUUGACACCACUAAAUCAAUGUAUUUGAAAGUCCCCGGGAAUUUGUCAACUUGGCACAAUUUGGAAUGUUACAUGCAUGGAGUGGCGGGAACGCAAGGAAGUCAUGGAGAUUUUAAGCUUGCGGUGAAUAGAGAUAUUGCACUUGUGAAUAAGCGUUUGGAUGUGUUGAAAGAUGAACACGGUGUGCCGGUUUCUUGGUGGUGUUUGCAGCAUAAAGGAAUGGUUCAACAGGCGGAUGGAUCUUGGAAGCUGGAAGACCAUGAAGAUGAUGAUUUUUUCUAAACUAAAACGAGUAAUAAUUAUAUUAAUGAUGAUGAUGAUGAUGGUCAUUGUAUCAGAUUUGUUAUAUAAAUUUUAGUACUCUCUCCGCCUAAAAAUUAUUGUCCAGUUUGAAUUUUUAGGUUCAAUUUUAAUUUUGGGACGGAAGAGUAUUUUGUACAAGAAAUUUGGGUUUUUUUCAUAUGUGUAAUUCUAAACAGUUUGAUCUAAGAUGCAC